AGCGAAUUCGGUCCAAUUUCAACCUUGUCUCCAUGAAUUCAAUAGUUUAAUAGUAGCACGGUCCCCAUACGGCUGUAAUCAGUGAAUUAGAAAAAAAAAACCAGCAGCGAUAUUUAUUUUUUUUAAACGGGCCAAAAAAUAACUAACACCUAACUUUCUCCCCCAACGUUCUGUGGAGACGGCAAUGAAUUACGAAUUUGAACGAGAAAUUGGUUUUAUCAAUAGUCAGCCGUCGCUUGCUGAGUGCCUGACAUCUUUUCCCCCUGUCGGUGAUACAUUUCAAAGUUCAUCAAUCAAGAACUCGACGCUUUCACACUCGACAGUGAUUCCUCCUCCUUUUGAGCAAACCAUCCCCAGCCUGAAUCCCAGCAGUCACCCUCGCCAAAACCGGCCAAAACAGAGCCCAAAUGGCACAAGCCCUUUACCAGCCGCGACUCUACCACCGGAAUACCCCUGGAUGAAAGAGAAAAAAAACUCCAAGAAGAAUCACCUGCCUGCUUCUUCAGGAGCCGCAGCAUCCUGCCUUUCCCAGAGAGAAACUCAUGAAAUUCAGGAUAAUACAGGUGGGGGAUCGCGGAGGUUAAGGACAGCUUAUACAAAUACACAGCUUUUGGAGCUGGAAAAAGAAUUUCACUUCAACAAGUAUCUGUGUCGACCCAGACGGGUGGAGAUUGCUGCUUUGCUUGAUUUGACUGAAAGGCAAGUGAAAGUCUGGUUUCAAAAUAGACGAAUGAAACACAAAAGACAGACCCAGUGCAAAGAAAACCAAAACGGCGAUGGCAAAUUUAAGAAUUUGGAGGACAGUGGGCAGACUGAGGAUGACGAAGAGAAGUCACUCUUUGAGCAAGGCAACAACAAUGUUACAGGCGCUCUCUUGGACAGGGAAGGCUAUGGUUUUCAAACCAAUGCACUGACUCAACAGCAGGCGCACAAUUUACACAAUGGAGAAUCCCAAAGUUUCCCAGUUUCGCCUUUACCCAGCAAUGAGAAAAAUCUAAAACAUUUUCACCAGCAGUCACCCACUGUUCAAAACUGCCUGUCAACAAUGGCCCAGAACUGUGCAGCUGGCUUGAACAAUAACAGUCCAGAGGCCCUUGAUGUCCCUUCUUUACAGGAUUUUAACGUAUUUUCCACAGAAUCCUGCUUACAGCUUUCAGAUGGAGUAUCGCCCAGUUUGCCAGGUUCCCUCGACAGCCCUGUGGAUCUUUCUGCUGACAGUUUUGACUUUUUUACGGAUACUUUAACCACAAUCGAUUUGCAGCAUUUGAACUACUAACUGAAAAGUCGGUGUGAGCAGAAUAUGCCUUCUUUUAAAAUCGUUUCCUUUCCUUCAGUUCCUUUCAAAUGGUCAGUAUUUUUUUUUCCCUUUUAAUCAACUUGAAUGUGUUCGAGACCACUUAUAAUUGCAAAAGUUAGAUAUUGUCUUUGGACUAAUGUCCCGUGUUUUAUAACCCGUCAUCAGCACUACACCCGUCCCUGACGAAAUUUAUUGCAUAGAAAUCUACCGAUCUCUACCCUCUUUUCCUUUUGUAUUAUUUGAAGGUACAUUGUCAUAAAUAAUUUGAUAGAGCAAAUCAUUUAUACGCUACAGGUAGCCAUCCUGAAGCAUUUUCUUUCUCAGGUCUAUUUUCACUUAAUAAAUGACUUUCUUUUUUUUCACAUA